UCCGAAUAUCGCGCCUGAAUUAAGAAGGUAUCUGUAUUUGAGGUAUUUGGUUGAGACAAACGCUCCGUUAGAUUCAUUGACAGAGGUGGAGCAGGUGGAGUCAUUGUUGAUCAAGUAUCAUCCUGGGAAGCAAGAUGGUGCUGCACUGGUCAAGCUAGUACGUCGUCCCUAUCUAUUGAGUAACUCAAGCGUGUGGUUUCAGCCCGUCUCGUUUGAUAGAAGUCUGGUGCGCUGGUGCAUGACAGUGCGUUGAAUGUUUCAGGGAUGACGAUUGCUAGUGUCAGGGAACGAUUUGCUAUCUUUGGACGCCACUUUCUUCGGAACAUCUUGCAUCUCCCCCGACCGACCCACUCUCGAAAAACCGUUGGGUUUGCGAAGAUGUUAGCUGCUGUUGCGGGAGAUGCAUUCAUGGAUGAUUUGCAUUCCACUGCACGCAGUGCAUCCUCCGAGGCAGUGAUGAUCCUCCGAUCGCUACUUCCGCGUUCAUCACAUAUGGAAGUGAUUCGAUCGACUCCUUUACUUGGGCUCAAGGUCACGAAAUUGCUUUCUACGUCGGGGAAGAAGACAAUUCAAGGAAAUAAAGACGGCCGUUCCCCUACCCAAACGCCAGCGUUGCCGGAAUCAGAACCAGAAACACACGAAGACGACGAACUUCUCUUUGCCCUAGCAGAAGCAUACAACGGUCUCGGAGACGCUCAAAAAGCGAUGCGGCAGUGGGAACCUGCUGAAAGGGCGUACGAAAAUGGUGUUCGAGUCCUUCGAGUCCUUUAUUCUCGUCGACCUAAAGAAUUUUUGAAACCAUUAUGCCUCCAAUUGAGUGGAUUGGCGAUGACGAAACUUGAGAUGAGGAAAUUUGAUGAAUCUGCUGCGACGAGGGGUGAGAGUAUUGUCCUUAGGAGGCAGGUGUGUGUCGAGAGUGUCAGGAGUCAGGCAGGGAGGGAGAUGAUGAACAGGGCGUUGGGUCCUUUACCGCCUCCUGACUUCUCUUCGCCUUCGGGGCCAUCGUCAUCCAUGCCUGCAACGAGCGCGACAGACGCGAGGGGUGCAAGAACAGCGGCGACAAAUCCGGCUACUGCUGUUCGAAGCCAAUUUGAUCAAUGUAUCGCAUUUUGCAAAUCGUUGUAUCAGGAAGCCCGAGGGGUCCAUUUCGUGGAUCAGGAAUGUAUCCGAAUUCGACGAAUGUUACAUCAAGAUAAUGACGCACUCCAUCGUGAACAUUUAUCGAGAACGUUACUCGCUCAUGCUCAGUCGCUUCGACAUGUAUUCUUGUCUCAGGCCGAUCGUCCCCGGACUUUUUUCUCGAGCUCUGCCUGGCGGGCUGACGAGGGAUCGGAAAGUUAUCCAACGGUAACGAAUGUGGAAGAACCGUUAUUAGAGAUGGAAGAUCUCGUGCGAGCUCUAAAUCAGCAAGGGUGGAACUUAGCCACCAUGGGACGUUAUCAUGAAGCAGCGGAGGCAUUCGGCGAAAGUGUCAAAAUUAGUCACGUCCUCCAAAGCCGAGAUCCAUCCCGCAUAGGUGCUCAGAACUUGCCGUAUUCAUUAUGCGCAUGGGGUGAUUGUCUUUAUUCCUCCGGCCGAUCUUCGGAGGCCGCACGCGUGAUUGGUGAAUCUGUCGCUCUCUCAAGAAAACGGCAUGAUGGAUCGAGCUUCUUGGCGAAUGUUCUCGGGUCAUAUUGUAGGGCACUUAGAGGUGCCGGGAAGUGGAACGACGCUGAGGCUGUGGGGGUUGAGUCAACUGAGCUAUGGAGGAGAUUAUAUGGGGCUGAUCCGCUCGGCAAGUAUGGUGCCAAGAUUGCGUUCAGCAAUUUUGCUUUGACGAUAACGCUCGUCUAUCAGAAGGAUUUCGAUCGAGCUUUGGUUACCGCUCAGGAAGCCAUUAAGGAGCUAGGCCGUCUAAUGGAAACGGAACUUGUCAUUCCUCGAAGCUUGAGCGAGCUUCCGUCCAUUGUGGAAGUGGCUACCACUACGAAGAGUCUUCCUGGCAGCCCUUGGGUCGUAGCAAACAUGCAUGGAGAAUUAAAGGAGCUUGUCAUGGCGCUUACGGGAAUUAGCUUUCCCCAUUAGGCUCAAAGUGGGAAGGAGACGGGAACACAACUAUGCUACGAUGUCUACAUAGAUGGGAUAAUUCACUAACUUCGCGCGUGUUGUCUAUCGCGCCAAUCAAUAGCAGUGUAUACAUAGCUCUACCUGAGCGCGCACAGCCGUACGUUUCUAGUGGUU